AUGGACGAUCCUCUAAGUCGCUAUGCCUUGGACGACGGUGAUCGGCUGUGUGAUAAUAGUACCAGUCAUGCCACUUCACCUGCUACCGAGGUUGACCAGCCGUUGCGUCCGGAGGAUACAGGGUGGUGUAAAAAAGUGAACAAGUGGCAUUUAAAGUUUAGUCAAGUGAAGAUCACCAUGGCGCCUCACUGCGAAGGCUACAUCUUCAAAAAGGUGGUUUAUGUAGUGGAAACCCCCCAGCGUGGUUGGCGCGUUCUUCGGCGAUUCAGCGACGUGUAUUGGCUGUGGGAAAUACUUGUGUGCCGUUAUGCGUGUCGCAUGAUUCCCAAUCCGCCCCCCAAAAAAAUCGGCAAAAGAGACGAAGCGUUUCUGGAAGCACGUCAACGCGGCCUUAAUCGGUUCAUUAAUGCCGUCAUGCGUCAUCCUGUGCUUGGAAAAGACCCAGUGGUGGAAGCAUUUCUGGGUUAUCCUUGGGCAUUUGCCACCUGGUACAAGAUGCAUAAACCGAGUCUUUAUGAAGAGUUUGUUCGCGGCGAAUAUGAUAUCGGUGAAUUGGAACGCAAUAUUCCACGCGAUUUGAACGAUCAGCUGAUCCGCAUGAAGAAACGGUUGUCGCUCGCUAUACGGCAAUACCAAACACUGUGUGAGGCCAUGGAAAAUAUGAUAGGUACAAAAGAAGCCAAUGCCAUGGAUUACAUUCGCUACAGUAUCACAGUCAAUGCCCUGAAUGAAGCCGAGACAAACACUCCUUGUUGCAUGCACUCAUGUUCAUCCUGUAUUGAUAUUAUUAAAGGAUGUGAAGCCGUAUCUAAAUCCAUGCAUCGCACAGGCCUAACUCUAGAUGAGCAAGCAACAUUGUUGAACGAUCAAAUCCUAGAAAAUCUGCGGCGUCACUAUGAGCUUUUUCUCGGAUUCGCAUCAAUGCUAGACCGUAAAAACAAGCUUUUGCAGAAAACACAUAUUGAAGGAUUAGCAGGACGAUCAUCAUCGCCGCGGUCAGGCGUUCAUGCACAGCACAAAGUGAGCGACACGGACAAGUUUUACACUGCCGGGAUGACAUUGCAACAACAACGACAAAUAUACAUACAGUACUGUCUCACGGCCGAACUCGCUUACCUGCAUCAAGAGCAGAGGUUCAUUACGUUUGUGUAUCGGGAUUUUGUUGAACUGCAAUUGAAGUUCUCGGCGCAAUUAACCGGUCAGUGGAACGCACUGGAAGCUUGCACAAAAGACAUAUCUACAAAAAUGACCGAUUUAUAA